AUGGAUUCUUCCUCUCCGACUCAAAUCAAAACAUACCAUGUUUACCCGAGCUUUUGCGCCCCAGAUGUUGGUAGAUCAUUUUUCAGUCAUUUACGCUCAUGCUUUGCAAGCAAAGGGAUCACGAUGUUCAAUGAUCAUGGGAUCGAGAGAGGCCAUACGAUCGGACCUGAGGUCGUACGAGCGAUUAGAGAUUCCCAAGUCUCGAUAGUCGUGCUCUCGAAUAAUUACCCUUCUUCCAGCUGGUGUUUAGAUGAACUUGUUGAAAUCUUGAAGUUCAGCGAAGUUUCGAGGCAGAUGGUGAUGCCGAUUUAUUACAACAUUGAUCCAUCCGAUGUACGGAAACAAAGUGGAUCUUUUGGAAGCGCGUUCAUGAAAACUUGCGAAGGUCAACCUGAGGAAGUGAAGCAGAGAUGGAGCAAAGCUUUGACUUAUAUUGCAAGUAUCGCGGGAGUAGAUUCUCGGAUUUGGGACAACGAAUCAGCUAUGAUCCAAAACAUUGCCACAUAUGUUUCAAAUACACUAUCAAGGGGUUUCGAUGGGAUGGUGGGACUUAAAACUCACUUGGAAAAACUGGAGAGUUUGUUAUCCUUAGAGUGCAGUGACGUGAAGAUGAUUGGAAUUUGGGGUCCUGCGGGAAUUGGUAAGACUACCAUUGCUAGAGCUUUGUUCAACAAAUUCUCUACCAGAUUUCCAUUUAAAUGCUUUAUGGGGAACCUCGAGGGAGAUAAUAAGAAUGAUGGCGUUGAUGGCUAUGAUUUGAAGUUGCGUUUGCAGAACCAACUUCUUUCCAAGAUUUUGAACCAAAAGGAUUUGAGGGUACGUCAUUUAGGUGCAAUAAAAGAAUGGCUACAAGAUCAAAAAGUGUUUAUCAUUCUUGAUGGUGUAUAUGAUCUAGCGGAAUUAGAGGCAUUGGCUAAAGACGUUUCUUGGUUUGGUUACGGAAGUCGGAUCAUCGUUACCACAGAAGAUAAAUACAUCUUGAGGGCACAUGGGAUUAGCGAUAUAUACUAUGUGGAUUUUCCAUCGGAAAAAGAAGCUAUUGAAAUCUUAUGUCUAAGUGCUUUCAGACAAAGUUUUGCAAUAGAUGGUUUUGAAGAGCUUGCAAGUAGAGCAGCAAAUCUGUGUGGUAAUCUUCCAUUAGGCCUUUCUGUUGUGGGUUCAUCUUUGCGCCUGAAGAGCAAGCACGAGUGGGAGCUUCAGUUAUGUUGGAUGAAAGCUAGUCUUGAUAAAAAGAUUGAGAACGUAUUAAGAAUGGGAUAUGACAGAUUAAUGAGGAAAGAUCAAUCGUUAUUCAUUCAAAUUGCAUGUUUUUUCAACAAUGAAGCCGUUGACUAUGUGACAACCAUGCUCGCUAACAAGAAUUUGGAUGUCAGAAGUGGGUUGAAGACCCUAGCCGAUAAAUCUCUCGUGCAAAUAUCUACCAAUGGACGGAUAGUGAUGCACGCUCUACUGCAACAAUUGGGUAGACAACUAGUUCUCAAACAAUUUAAACAGUUAAAAUGA